AUUUAUUUUAAUUUGCUGUACACCGAAAAACUGCCAGCAUUGAAUUUUAUUAUAAAUGGCCGAAAAUACAACAAACUCAGACGAUCUUUAUAAAACAGCCUCAAGCCAUAAAAUGGCUCAAACCAAAGAUAUUUUACUGGAUGUUAUCAACAAUACAAUGAAAGAACCCCUGGAAUUCGGUCCAGUACCCUCGGAUUCAAUAGCAAGAAAGAUUAAAGAUGAUGCAGAGGCUAAACUUUUCCAUUGGUCAUCAUUUGACAUGAAACCUCCCGAUUCAAUUACCGAUACAUACGAAGAUAUUUAUACAACUGCUUUUAUUAUGCCUAACUUUAACGAAUUAAGGCAAGUGGCGGUAGACGAAUCAGGUUCAGCAAAGCCUCUUUCCGAAGAACAAUUAACUUCUAUUAGAAGAGAAGGAACAUUUAAAGUGAAAAGUAUAAACUUUCCUCAAUAUUUUCACAAGUGGAAACUUUCAAAGUUUCUUCAAAAGGGAACUCAAUUAGUUAUGGAGGAUUUUUAUGAUGGAUUAGCAAAGGCUCUAUAUUUAUUUAUAGUCUUAGCAAAAAGAAUGCUCCUCUCUCGUCGAUCACUCAGUUUAUACAAUUCCGUAAAAAAUCUUACAAAAGCUUUUUUAGGGUUGAUAGACGUUCUGGUAGGAAUACCAUGGAAACAACCAAAAUACAGUGUUCAUACUCAAGUUGAGGAAGAGAAUACUAAAUUUUUAUCUGCUGAAUUGAAAUAUAAAAACGAAGAAAUGGAAAAGUUUGAAAAUUUGUGCGCCUUUGUUGAAAGGCAAGAGCUGAAAUUUCUAGAGAAUAUGUCAAAGAGAGUAGCAGAACAAGAUAUUAAUGUCAACGUAGUCUAUCCCGUGAAAUUUACGACUCCCGAUAAUAGCAUAGACAUCGAUCUAACACUUCGUUCAAUUAGUGAAAUAGAUCUAUGGCAAACCAUUAAAAAGCGUAUCGUCGUAAUAUCAAAAUCUAUUGCUAACGAUAGAACUUGGUAUAUUCCUUUAAGAAAGAAGUUAAUUGAAGAUAAUCAAGAUUUGUAUUCGGAAGAAGAGCUUAAAACAAUUGUUCUUAAGGGUAUUCAAGAUCAAUAUGUCGAAAGGUUAAUUAAUAACUUAUUGGACGAGAAUAGUCCCGAUUAUGAAAUACAUAAAUUGUUGGUUGAUCAUUUACGAGCUAAUUUGAUAAUUACGCAAAUCAUUCAAAACAUUACGGACACUUUGGAUAAAAAUCUCAAACAGUACAAGAAAGAACUAUUUGCAAAACAUCCAAUAAAGUCUAGAAUCUCUUCGUGGAUAAGGGAAAAGACAGAUAAACACAAAGAGAACUUUUAUGAGGAAAACAAAUGGCCUACUUAUGAGAAAUGUGUGACUGAAUUGAAGAGAAAUAAUCUAAAUCAAAGUGCAUAUUUCCUACAAAGAGAUUAUAUCUUCAAGAAAACGAGAAAAGAGAUAAUUAGUCAAGAAUUUACAAAAAGUCAACCAUGGGAACCUGAGAGAACAUUUUAUAUUAACAAGAAAAUAUGGAACCCUCAGAAUUAUAUUGUCUAUAAGUACAACCAGGAAAGUGAACAAAGAGAGGUCGUAGAAACAAUUAUUGAAGCGAGUCCCAUAACAAUGAAACCAACUAAGAAUUCAUCACAUCCAAAGAAAAAGUCAUAUGAAUAUUUUUCAACGGAAAAAUCUCAAAAUUGCAAGAUUCAUACUAAAUAUCCGUUUUGGAGAUUAUGGUUAAUAUUGGCUAGAAUAUGUAUACACAUGUCCAAUUGUUUUUUCUAUUUUGGUAUCGCCAUACCAUUUUUUAGUCCCGUUAGUAUUACAGCUUUAGUUUUAUGGAAGAAAUUCUACCCAAAAUGGGUAUUGAAUGGAGAAACUGGAACUCUUAAAAGAGAUUCUUCACCGACGCAAACACUAAUGUCUAGAAUGUUCAAAUUGUGGCGUCACGUUUUCCGAUCUGUUGAAAAUUUUGAACUUCAAGAUGAUACAGCGUUUAUUGAAAAGAAUGUUCAAAGACCUUUUAACAGAAUUUGGAAUUACGGAAUUAAAGGGGCUCUUGGCACUUUUCUCCUGUUUUUAACAGUCCCUCUUAUUUGUAUUUUAUCAACUCUAGGGAGUUUGAUUCUGGCAAUUUUUGUUCCUCUCUGGGUUCCGGUUUUAACAGUAUUAUGGCAUUUUUUUUGUGUAGCUAUAUACGAUAUCGAUCAUCCAAAUAGACACGUAGCAUUUUACAAGAAGUUAUCAUACUUUUUCCUUAACAUAAUUAUCUGGAGAUUACUUCUAAGAGGAAUUUGCCAAAUACUAUUGAUAAUACUUAGUGUCACAGUUUUCUUUCCCUUUGCAUCGCUGUGUAUUAUUCUAUGGUAUAGCUUCCAAUUUUGUAUAAGGACUGUCUGGGAUGCUUCUUUAUUUUAUCUAAUGAUCAAAUGGAGAGGAAGAAUUCCAUCAUCUAAUUCGUGGAUAGCUAAAAGAAUAUCUGGACCAGGUCUCGUGUCCAAUUUCUUUUAUCAGAUUAAACCUGAACAAGUAUUAAUGGGAGUUGAAUCAUUUCUUGAAAAAGUUGAAUUAAACAUUUGGAGAGAUAAUGUUCGAAAAGUAAUCGAUAUACCUUUACAAGCUUACAGGAAUUAUUUUGGAGAUUUGUUGGCUCCUUUCGAUUGCUCAAUAAAAGAAUCACCAAAUGGGGUAUACAGUUUCAUAAGGAAAGAAAACAGAGAUUUACAUUCAAAAUUGGAUUCAAUUUAUAGGGAGCAACAAUCAAAGCUUUCUGUUAUGAAUUCAUCAAUGAAUAUCAGAUUACCAGUAAAAGAAUUAACGAUUGCAGUUGAUGCAUCUAGUCGUUUGAUUGAACAAUUUGUAGAAUCUCGAAUUUAUAAAUUACUGAAUACAUCUGAAGAAAUUGAUUCUUAUUGGAAGAAAUGGUCUCUUAUUCAGAAUGAUUGGCCAGGAUUGACAAUGGGAAUUUUAAAAACAGUGUUUGGCUCUGAAAUAUCAAUACCAUUGGAAAAAAGCGAUGAAUUUUUUCAAUUAGAAGUUCAGGAACUUAACGUUGCUCGGUAUGUAAAUAUGCUUGAAAGCGGUGAUUGGAAGGAAGAUAUGCAGACUAUUGGUCAUCUAUAUAGUCAAAGACAUGAUGUCAUUUCCGAGUGUGUUCCAGUAACUCUACCUGAGUCUAUAUUUGAUGUCAGAGAUACUAUUGCUUCACAAACUUGGAGUAAAUCGCUUAUAGAGUUGCCGGUUAAAACGCCCCAUCCGGCAUAUGUGUCCCUCUUAUUAUGUCAGAGGUAA